CACUCUCCUUUUCUUGAUUAUCCAUCUGUUUCUUCUGCCUCCCACACUUUGCAUAGACUAGCCUUCCUUUCUCCAUCGUCUGUUGGGAGAUCUCAAAUGGAUUGCACCAGCCUCGUCCGUGUUGCCGCCAGCAGGGAGAAAACCAAGGGAAGGUGUGCUAGCAGCGAGGGCCACACAUGGACAAAAGAGCUUCAUAGGAUACUAUGUAUGCAAGGAGGAGAAGACGACAUGAGCUAUGCGAAAAAUUCCGAGGCUCCUGCUGCUGCCAUCACGUCAUCCAAGCCACUGCUCAUGGAAUCCAUCCGAUCCAUGAAGCUCUUUGUGUCGGAGGCCUGUAUUAGGAUUGCAGACUUAGGAUGUGCCACGGGCUACAACACGCUGUCCACCAUGGAAUUGGUAGUCCAGAACCUGAGGCUGCGCUACGAGAAAGAGUGUGAUCAUGUGCCCGAGUUCGAGGCGUUCUUCUGCGAUUUGCCAUCGAACGAUUUCAACUCCCUCUUCCGGUCCUUGCAGGUCGACUCGUCUUGCAGUUCAUCCCGGAAACCGUAUUAUCCAGCAGGUGUGCCUGGUUCAUUCUAUGACCGGCUGUUUCCCAAAGAGAAGCUUCAUUUGGUUGUUAGCCUGAACGCCCUGCACUGGCUUUCCAAGAUACCAGCUGUUGUGUUGGACAAGCAGUCCAAGGCGUGGAAUAAAGGCCGAGCAUGGAUAGAUGGAGGCAGGAAGGAUGUGGUGGAAGCAUACGCGAAGCAGUCCGAGGAGGACCUCAAGAUGUUCUUGCGAUGCCGAAGGGAAGAGAUGAUGGAGGGAGGGAUGCUGUUCAUAGUGAUGGCUGGGAGGCCUCAGUUUCAGGAACCGGAGAACCAAUUAGGCGACCCGGACUCACGAGCCAAGCACCCUUUCACCAACUCCAUGGAUCAGGCAUGGCAGGACUUACUGAAUGAGGGAUUGAUCGAUGAAGAUACAAGAGACAUGUUUAACAUCCCUGCCUACAUGAGGAGCGUAGAAGAGGUUAAGACAGCAUUCGAUCGAUGCAGUGGAUUCAAGAUCCAGCAACUGGAGUUCCAGAAAAUUAUUGAGCACUCCAAGGAGAAACAACAGGAAUGGAUCAGGGAUCCAGAUUCGUACGGCCGAGCCAAAACUAAUCUAGUACGAGCAACACUGAAGCCUAUCGUCGAGGCACAUGUCGGAGACAUCGCCGAAGAACUGUUCGAGCGAUUUCAGACGAGGAUCUCCAAAGACAUCGACAUGCUCCACAAAACCUGUUUUUAUGGCGUCGUUGUCGUGUGCGCCAUCAGGAUGCCGGAUUGACUACUUAGCAAAUCUUGUACACGAUGACACUGAGAAUAAGCAUCCGAGAGUGAAGUGGACAGAAACCAGUCGUCCAUGUUUAUUCUUUGAUGUUUUCCUUGUUCUUUUUGGGGUGAUCGAUCCGUAGCUAUUCACGUCGUUUGAUGGUUGUUUUGGUUUA